CUGGGCUGCCAGCCAGCCGGCAGCCGAGUCUCUGCCAAAGUUUGUUUCUUUCUGUCGCAUUUCUGUUGUCUUGAACUUGAUAAAGUUUGAUUGAAACUGAACAGCAACAAAUGUUUACGUUAUGUCGCGAAAGUAAAAAUUUCUCCUUCACAUUUUACAGGCGUGUAAAAUUAUCUUUGCAGUCUAGAAUAGCGCCCAGUUGUAUGACCAAAAAAAUGUCGUCUCUUCAGUGGGAUGUUAAAGGAGUUCUUUUGGAUAUUACUGGUGUUUUAUAUGAAAGUGGGCAGAAGCAUGCUAUUCCUGGAUCUGUGGAAGCCAUAUGCAAGCUCAGGAAGCUGAAUAUCCCGUUCAGAUUUGUCACGAAUGAAACUCAAAGAACAAGAGAAUCUCUCAUAAAGAAGCUACAGGCUUUUGGUUUUGAAAUUGUUGAAAAAGAAGUGUUUUCUCCAGGAGUAGCUGUUAGUCGUUAUGUAAAAGAGAACAAUCUGCGUCCAUAUUUGUUUAUUCAUCCAGAUAUUUAUCCAGAGUUUUCUGAUUGUGAUCAAACAUCUCCAAAUUCAGUAGUUGUGGGGGAUGCAGCACAGUUUUUCUCAUAUGAAAACAUGAACAAAGCAUUUAAGGUGCUAAUAUCUGCUGAGAAACCGGUUUUGAUAUCUAUGGGGAAAGGGAGGUUUUAUAAAGAAAAUGACGAGUUGGUGAUGGAUUUAGGAGGCUUCACAGCAGCAUUAGAGUAUUCUACUGGAGUUCAAGCUGAAGUAAUUGGAAAGCCUGCUCCUGAUUUUUUCCUAAAUGCUUUGAGAGAUAUUUCCAUUGCACCACAUCAAGCGGUUAUGAUAGGUGAUGAUAUGAACAGUGAUGUUCAUGCUGCUCAAAAGUGUGGAAUGAAAGGUGUAAUGGUUAAAACUGGAAAGUUUAGGACUUCAGAUCUGACCCACCCUCUUGUUAAACCCGAUCUUUUUGUUAAUAACUUAGCUCAAUUUAUUGAUAUGUUAUGCAAUCAUUAAAAGUGAAUUGCAAUAAAAAAAAAUUAAAGAAGCAGGGCCCGAGUAUGACUUUUCUAGGCCCUGGGAACAAACAUAAAUUUGGUGACCCCCCCCCCCUACUAUGCAUUUUAUAGUGAGGUAAAAUUGAGGUUAAAAAAAAGGAAACGAAUAAAAAUUUUGAAAAUAUUUUUUAAGAAGCUUUGACAACAGAUUCGGUGCCCCCUAAAUGUUGUUGCCCUGGGUCUGUGUCCCAUGUGCCCAUGCUUUAAUCUGGCCCUGGAAAGAAGAAACAAUGAAAGAAAGAAACAGGUAGUUCUUUGUAUCUGUUAUAUUGUUACUUGUUUAAAAAAUACAUCUUUAAAGAAAAACUGCCAUCUGAUUUAAGGCAUAGAUGCCAUAAAAUUUGAUUCAGAAGAGCACCUUUUGAGAAAUAAUUUAUAAUGUUACUGUAGUUCAGGAAGAAUUCAAUUAACCUGUUUGCUAUGGUGCCGGUAAAACUAUUGAUCCAGGAAAAAAUUUCUUUUUGCAACUAUGCUAGACUAUUUGAAGACAUCCAUACAAGAAGGAGGAGAGCUGCACCUUUUGUUGGUUUUAUGUUUUACGUUGAAAUUUAAAUAUAAAGGUUGUCCAAAUGAAAAGUGGACAAGUGCAAUAAAAUCAGAAUGAAUGAUUCAAUUAGAGCGCCACUGCGCAAGUAUAUAAAGGGUGGUAUCAAGUAUGCAUCUCAAAUGCCGUUCAGCGGUUAAACCUGUUUGCAGUAGAGGAAAGUGUACGAAAAGAAAGUCGUGCUAUCCAUGGAUGUGUCCAGAUCGGAAAGCGCAGUAGUACGGUUAAGGGCGACAAAUGACAUCAGAUCUGCCGAGACCGGGCCAAGCAAACAUCCCGAUCACCAAUGAUUCCAUUGUCUUCAUUAAUGAAAUGAUCCAAGCUAAUGGAAAUAUUAAGAAACACAUUAAAUUAGUGACAAACUCAACCUGAGUAAAGGAACGGUUCACACUAAUCAUCCACAAAGAUUAUCCCAGGAAACCCAGACAAUAUUAAACAAAUUUUUUGUUUGGAAGUUUUGGAGCACCCCAGUAUAGUCCACACUUGUCAACCUGGGACUUCCACAUCUUUGGGCCGCUUUAGAGAGCAUUACAGGUUAAACCUUUCCAUUCGAACGAUAAAGUGAACGAAGCCGUGCAGGACUUCCUCAGGAAUCAGCCCCAAUCUUUCUACAGCGAAGGCAUUGACCUGCUACUGCAACGCUGGGACCUGUACUUCAACGCCCAUGACGAUUUCUUUUGAUUUACAUUAAAAGUAUUAUUUUUAUUCAACUUGUCCACUUUUUAUUUGGGCAACCCUUAUAUAUGAAGAAAUGUAUCUUUAUUCAGUACAGGAACAAGAGAUAUCUCUAACCAAUAUUCUAUAAACAUUGAAGGAAAGAAACUGUAAGCUGUAACAGGCUGUAUUUCAAGAGAAAGUAAAGAAAAACAUUAUCUAUUUUCAGUAAGUUACCGCCCUAUA